AUGUCGAAAACCAACCAACAAACCAUGGCGGGUCGAGUGAUUCCUAUAUCUAAUGGUCCUCUCAAAGCAGAGACAAUCAUCCGGCAAAUCUAUUACCAGCAACAGCACGGCGAGGAGGAAUGCUCCCUGGAGUAUUCGGACGUCGACCAGGAUACCGCAUAUGAAGUUAUCGAAGAACUUGACGAAAACAAUGAAGACCGCGUUCAUCGACCCACCAUACUCCCCACGCCAACAAUUGUUGUCGAGAGCGGAUGGAGUGAAACCAGAGAAAAGCUGCAUGAGGACAUGCGUGUUUGGCUGAUUGGGGGUCGACCACAUGUACAGAUGGUUAUUAUUGUCAAGUGGACGCGUACAAGCGACGAGCGAGUCACCGGCGACGUGGAGGUUUUUGAACGCGAUGAAAACGACCAACCUAGAUCGGUCCAGAAAGAGAUCAUCUUCCCAGAGCCCCCGUCUGCAGUGGCCGACCAGCAAGUCAUCAAAAUAACGAAGAGGCAGCUGUGGGGGCAAAACCUCCCAGCUGGACAGGAUCCGGAUGAUCGUUAUGACAUGCUAAUGAAAGAUCUUCGUCGAGAAGGACGCCAGUGUAUCGCCCGGAUGCGCCUCAAUCCAGCGUAG